GGAAUUGUCAAAAGUUGACAGCUGCGGGUAGAAAUUUUCUUUUCGCAAGGUGUGCAGGCAAAAUCAGCUGGAACAUGUGAAAAUCCGUGCUGCCGGGGUUAAAAGUUUGGGCUGCGAGGAAAAUUGCUGCGUUUUUCCGGGUGGCCGGGUUGAGUUUGGUGGAUUUGUUACCGGUUUUGUUGCGAGUUUGCACGUGCUUUGCUUUUUUUGCGGGGGUGGAUCCACACAACACUUGGGUGGCCUUGAGCGAUUGCGAUUCGAGAGUUGGGGGGAGGAAGUUUUUUUUAAGUAUGUCAUCCGGGGGUGCCGCGUACAGCCGGGUGGACGAUUAUCCGAUGGACGAUUCGCUGGAGUAUUUCAUCAAGUUUCCGUCGCCAAACUUUAAAACCGACACGCAGGACGCGGAAUCGGACUACGUGUUUGUUUGCAACGAGACCAAUGUUCCGAUUGUGCUUUUGCUGGGCUGGGCCGGCUGCCAGGACCGGUAUCUGAUGAAGUACUCGAAAAUCUACGAAGAUCGGGGGUUGAUCACCAUUCGGUACACCGCCCCAGUCGAGAACCUCUUCUGGAAGCGGUCCGGAAUGGACCAAAUAGGGGAAAAGAUCUUGAAGUUGAUCUACGACAUGAACUUUGACAGUCACCCACUUAUAUUCCACGUGUUCUCCAACGGAGGCGCCUUCCUGUAUCAGCACAUUGCGCUCUCCAACCGGAAGUCAAAGAAUCCGGUUCAAAUCUGCGGAAUGAUUUUCGACUCGGCACCCGGAGAUCGACGCAUUUUGGGCCUGAGUCGAGCAAUAACGGCCAUUUUCGGGAAGGAGCGAUACUGCAAUUCCCUGUUUUCGGCUCUCCUCACGAUAAGCAUUAUCUUCCUGUGGACGCUGGAGGACGUGUUCAACUACGUUUGGAACUUUAUACGUCCCAGCGGGUACGAAGUACAGACGAACCCAUCGCACAAUUUAAAGUUUGAAAGCAAUGCUUGGCCGCAGCUGUUUCUGUACUCGCGGGAGGAUCGGUUGAUUCCAUAUACGGACAUUGAAAAGUUCGCCAGCUACCGGCGGAAGGUCGGCGUGGACGUCCGGAUGGUGUGCUUCGAGCGGUCGGAACACGUCAAGCACUACAUCCGCCACCCCCAGCAGUACGUGUACAGCGUGUGCAAGUUCAUCAACGACUGUCUGACCACGCACUACAACAAAUAUCACGACUAGAGGAGGUCGCGGCGCCGCCCAUCAUCAGAGAGAAAUACGCCUUCAAGCCAAAACGAAGUGACGCCGGAUACGCUCCGGAUCGAAAUCCACGCCCCGGGAGUGUGUGUUUUUUCCCCUUUAGCAAAAGAAGUAAAACAAAAAAAAAAUCAUACAAAAGUAACAAGUAGCGGAGAGAGAUCAUCACAGUUUUGAUUAGGUUGAAACAAUUUUUGUUUGUUUUUUCCCCGGUGAAGCUAAAGCACUAAUUUGUUACCAAAAAGCGCUCAAUUCUAGUAUUAUUAUUUAAGGUGUGACGAUUUGAACGGGUUUGAUUUUCCAGUCAGAGAGCGCACAAAAAAACACAUAAAUUGCACAUUCACGAGCUUGAUAUUAUACAUUUCUCGAGACAAACACAGUAUUUAUUGGUUGCAUACUUGCAUUUAUUCUAAAUAACUCAAAAACGCAACAAAGUGUUAGUUUUCCACUAUAUUUUCCGAUUUAUAUCAAAUAUAAGUUAUAGUUACGUGCCUAGGAUAUUUGUUGGUAUGGUAUUUCUAUCGUUUGAUAGCGUUGAUCUCUUGUUAGGAGCUGAGCAUUUAUCAGUGAAGUAAAUCCAAUUUUAGCAUGGAA